AUGCCGAAGAAGCUGGAGAACUGUUACAUUCUGACGUGUAACGUGUCCCUGGAGUAUGAGAAGAGCGAGGUGAACGCCGGCUUCUUCUACAGCAGCUCAGAGCAGCGUGAGAAGUUGGUCGAUUCUGAGCGGAAGUUCACCGACGAGAAGGUGAAGAAAAUCAUCGAGCUCAAGCGGAAAGUCUGCACCGAGGAGAACGGCCGGACUUUCGUCGUCAUCAACCAGAAGGGAAUUGAUCCGCCUUCCCUCGAGAUGCUGGCUCGGGAGGGCAUCAUCGCUCUCCGCCGCGCAAAGCGCCGAAACAUGGAGCGCCUCCCGCUGGCCUGCGGCGGCCAGGCCGUGAACUCUGUAGAUGACCUGGAUCUCGAUGAUCUCGGCUACGCGGACCUCGUCUACGAGCAGUCGCUGGAGGAUGACAAGUUCACCUUCAUCGAGGGCGUGAAGAAUCCGCACAGCUGCACGGUCUUGAUCCAGGGCUCCACGGAUCACGCGAUCGCGCAGAUGAAGGAUGCCAUCAAAGACGGGCUACGCGCCACACAAAACUGCGUCGAGGACGAGGCCAUCGUGCCCGGCGCAGGAGCUUUUGAGAUCGCCGCACAUGUGCACCUGGAGCAGUUCAAGCGAACUGUGGAUGGCAAGCCACGCUUAGGAGUGGAAAUUUUUGCGAAGGCGCUGCUAGUGGUGCCGAAGACACUCCUGGAAAACUCCGGCUUGGAUGUCCAGGACAAACUGCUUAGAGUGCUGGCAGACCGCGAGAACAAACACAGGGUAGUUGGCGUCAGUGUGGCCAGUGGCGACCCCAUCGAUCCAGCCAUCGAGGGUAUCUACGACAACUUCCUGGUGAAAAAACAGAUGCUUGGUCUGGCGCCAGUGCUGGCUGAACAGUUGCUGCUCGUGGACGAGGUCAUCCGAGCCGGGAAGUCCAUGAAGAGCGAUGGCGGCAUGCAGGGAUAG